UUGGGCUGUUUGACGUCUGAUCACGUGGUUAUGCUUUUAUGUUUUGUCAUGACAUUAUAUUGAGGUGUGUUGUUGUUCCCAGGAGUUGAUGUGGUGCUCAGCGCCUUGCCAGGAGACGGACGUUUGGCCAGUCUGAGAAUUCUACGCAGGGGCGGCACUUUCCUCGACCUGGCUGCCAGCCUUACUCCAGAUGUCACACCGUCUUCCAGUGUGGUCAGCCACCUGGCAAGCAAGAGCAUCAUGGGCCUGGACUUCCUCCAGAUGAUGCUGGACCCAGAGUUCAGCAAGGACAAGGUCACGGUGCAGCGACUGCUGGAAGAUGCUCUCAGGGAGGGCUACGUGACACCCAUCAAUACGGUGACUUUUGACCCCUUGGAAGUGGCGGAAGCUUUCAAGAUGGCGGCAGAAGGAUCUCAGAACGGGAAAAUUGUCAUCAAAUUCCGGGAGGAAGAAAAGAACAGCACAAGUGUUCCCAAGGCCGUGUCCUUGAACGCAGCACCCCAGGUGACAUGUGACCCUGACAAGAGUUACGUCAUUGUUGGAGGUAUCGGUGGCUUCGGCCUUGACCUCGCCCAGUGGCUUGUGACCAGGGGAUGUACAAAGCUCGUCCUCACUGGCAGCAACAAAGAAGUCCUUCAGUCAGGUUACCUCCAGAGACGCAUCAAGCUAUGGCAGAGCGAGGGCGUGAAGGUGACCUCUGCCCUUGACCCUUGUGACAACAUUGAUGGGGCGCGAGGGAUCAUGGCCUUGGCACAGACUCUGGCGCCAGUGGGCGGGGUCUUCCUUGUCAACAGGAUGUACAGAGCGGGUGACCUGGUGGAUCAGUCAGAGGACGCCUUCAAAGAGAUCUUCCGCCGCACCGUUCAGCCAAUCACCUACCUGGAUUCGGUAACCAGAGACCAGACUCUGAGGUCAACAGUUCACCUUUUCGUGGCCUUCACCUCUGUCGUAGGCUCACGAGGACAGGCGGGUCAAACGAACUUCGCCUUCGCCAAUGCGUACAUUGAUAGAGUGUGCAAGAAGCGUGCAAUCGACGGACUGCCAGCCCGAACCAUCCAAUGGGGAGCUGUUGGUGACAUUUGCUUGCCAACCUCCUCAUGGGAAGAGGACACAGACGGAGCCUCCGCUUGUGGUACGGAGCCACAGUCUCUGAAGUCUCGCCAACAGGCGCUGGACGUACUCAUGAGCAGCCCCUACGUGGCCACGAGCUCCUACGUUUUGCCCAGUUCCGAUAUUGGGGGCUCUGGCUCUCAGUCGCGUGGCACCAAACUGCAGCUUAUUGUGGCCAAGGAGUUUGGUCUCCCUGACUUCUCCGAGUACGACCCUAACUCCACUUUGGCAGACCUUGGAAUGGACUCCAUCAUGGGAGCUCAGGUGAAGACAAUCUUUGACAACGAGUACAAGCUCUUCCUCACCACUGGAGACUUGAGCAAUCUGACCAUUGAUGAUAUGAGGAAGAUUGACGAGAAAACCUACGUGAUGCCCCAAAGCAGCUGAACAGGCAGCUAGGAUGUACUGUUCGUUUGAACAGUGGGUCAGGAAAAGGAUCCAUUUUGCCACGUUGAUUACAACAAUUGUUUUAUGCUCGAAUCUAAGCUUGUGUUUGAUUUUGUCAUAUCACUCAAAACAUAAUAUUUACUUCUACCCCAAAUAUCGAUUUGUUUCAACUGUCGGAACAGAAUAAAAAAAUUGUUACCUGAUUAAUGUAUUAUUGACCCCAUGUGUUUCGCAUCCAAGUUUCUGUUUCUGAAAUGAAAUAUUCUGACAUCACUAACUAAAGCAGAUAGUAUUGUGAAGUUGAGUGGGCCUCUCUCGGGAGAGAUUCAUAGACAAAUAAGUAUAAAAUAUCAAAACUUUACCAUGUUCGUUUGCUGACACUGCUGCUGCUAUCGGUAUCUUUUUUUUCUUUUUUUUAAAUUGUACUUGAAGUCAACAUCAUAAAUGUUUAAUAUUAUGAUAGAAGAGAAAAAAAGAUAAGAAAAACCAUUGUUUUCAUCCUUACCCAGAUUUUGUUUCUGUUCCUCAUACAACGACAUUCCAAAGGCAUGCCUGCAGCUGAAAUAAAAUCUGCAAAAUUGAUAAAAAGAAUCAAGUUUCAACAUGUGUUUAAAACAAACGAUCCAUGUUGAAAUUGUGUACCAAGGUUUUGUCACUGCUUUUGUUAAAUGUAUAUUAGUGAAAGAUUUGUGAUAUAAAAUGUAAUUGUUUUAGGUGAACGUGCUUACAUGUUCUUGUUAUAUUUUCUUGGAAAUGUGCAAUGUUUAACAAGUAAAUAUCAAAAUGCCCCAUGUAAACAUGAAAUACUUGUACGCUGAGGUCUGAAGUUGAUUCACAUUUGCUUCAAUAAAGGACAGACGAGCACUGACCUUUUCAUGUUUUCCAACUUCAAUUGAUGGAGCUUGACAAAAGAGCUCAGUAUUAUUUAAUUUCUUUGUGGACUAUGUCAAAACAGAAUCAGGAAACCAAAUAAAAACAAACAAGUCGCAAGCUAGUAAGCGGCAUGUUCGAUCCGCUUUUUUGAAUAUUUGAAAAAAAUUGUCUUUUGAAAGAAAAAAAUCAAUUAAAGAAAUUAACCACAUUUUAAUA